AACCGAUCACCUCAACAAAAGCUUGCCUCUCCCAAGUGUGAUAUCAAACCCAAUUUCUGACGUUGACUCCUUUCUACGCCUCAAUACGGCCCCCCCCCUCCCCCCAAAAAAAAACGUCGAAGCAGUAGGCCUCGAUGCAACAACCAGCCGCAGAAGCCGGCCCCGCUAUCGGAUGCCCAAUAGUGUUUGAGCGACCUGAAAGGCAUGAGCCCGCAAGCUGCGCCUAACAUUUAUAUCAAGGUGCAAAGAUGCCAUCUUUUCAGAUACUUACUUUGACCGAGACAGAUGCGCUCGGCUACACAACUUUCGCCAAGCAAUCCAUCAAUUCCGGAUAUGGGCGAGCGACUCAUAGAGCGGCUGCAGGAUGCGUUGGGUUCUUUGGUCGAAGCAGCCUUUCCAACCAACAGUAACGCACGAACCCCAAGCUUUUCAAACCCACAUACCUGUAGGCACUGUUGUAACAUCACUGUUCAAGCGAAAACACUCGAAGGGGCAGAGUCUUGGCUGCGCUCGAAUGCUGUCGAAUCAGGAGGUCUGCUUGCUCUCGAUCACGAUUUUGACGGAGCUCUAAAAGCAACACGGGACGGAUGUGGGUUGUACCGGUGGUUGCUUGACCAGUUGUUGCGAGGAACAAAGAGUAACCCAGACGUGAUGGCCGGAUUAUUGCAGUCCAACCACAUUCGAUUCAGCUUGGUAUUCUCAAAAGAUGAGCCUAUAUAUUCAAGAGAAGUACGAAUGCGAUGCGACCCCCUAAUCGAAUCAAACAAGGGCAACAUGGCAGAAUCGCCUUGGGAAAUCCUUCUUUCGGAUGCUCAAGGUAUUGACGUAUGUGCACGUGAAGGAGAUCCUGGCGCUAGCUUUGUUUCGUUUCGUGCACCUCAAGAAGAUAUAUUUUCUUCCAGCAGCAUUCGGUUUGCCAGGGAUUGCAUGAAUACCUGCAUCAACUUCCAUGAGCUGUGUCGAGAUGACUGGAUUCGCAGAGACAGAAGCAGCUCAGCGUACAGCGUUGAAUAUGCUAUAGGAGAACAACUACCCUCCGAAAGUCUAGCCAUUGAUGCUCUGCCCACGCGGCUGCUUGAAACAGAGGAACGCGAUGGUCUUGUUGUUCGCUUGAUUGAAUUAGCGGACCUGAGCGCAGCGAACAAGUCGCAGAUUGCUGCAGAUGGAUUUGCCACGCUUUCAUAUUGUUGGGGUCAAGGGAAUCCAGUUCAGCUCACGGCCAACAGUUAUGAAACAUUGAGGCGAGGCAUAGAAAUCUCGGCUUUACCAGCGACUAUCGAACAGUCAAUUCGUUUUGUGUUUUUGUUAGGACUCAAGUAUAUCUGGGUUGAUGCUCUAUGUAUCUUUCAAGACGACAUCACGGACAAGGAAAUUGAGAUAUCGAGGAUGGGAUCUUACUACAGUGCUAAUACUUUGACCGUCUGUGCAGCCUCUCCGAGCGGCGCCGCCGUUGGCUUUCUCGACCCAGAGUCUAAAGCUGUGUGCCAAUAUGGCCCAAUCAACCUGUCUUGUAACAUUGAUGGAAUGAUGGGAAAUUUACUCCUGCACUCCGAUCCUAGUAUGAAAGAGCCAGUGGCCGAGCGAGGAUGGACGCUACAGGAGUCUUUACUGUCUCGAAGAAUCUUGAUCUUUUCCCACCAGCUGUAUUGGUGCUGUUCAACAGCUAAUGCCGGAUGUGAGGGCUCUCUUAGUGUGCUUCCUCGAGACACCAAUCGAAACAUGGGAUGGCCCCAUUCACUUGUUCCCGGGAUCUUUCCCAUGUCGGUGUUACGAGUUUACCCGCCGGAGUACCAAUGGUUUACAGGGCUGAGUAGCUUUACUGAGAGGCGCUUGGGUUUCGAAGCGGAUAAGCUUCUUGCGAUUUCCGCCCUGGCGGAGAGAAUCCACCUCAUUUUCCAAGCGCGAGGUCAAUCCUCUAUCGAGUCACGGAGCUAUCGAGAGUUCCUCGCCGACCUGGCCUAUGUCGCUGGGAUCUUCUUAUCGAGGUCACAUAAAGAGCUAGUUGCGUCGCAGCUUCUCUGGACUUCGACCACGGCCUCCAAAACAAAGCGUGUCGAAACUUAUAGAGCACCAAGUUGGUCGUGGGCGUGUGUUGACGGCUCUCUGCAAUCAUGUCUGACAGAUGCUGUACAGGAAGCGGGGAGAUUCUCAGUGCUCGACUGGGACGUCACCCUCACAAACAAUGUAGCUCCCUAUGGCAGCGUCAGAUAUGCUGCCAUCCAUAUGAGGUGUCAUCUGCGUUCGCUGCCUUUCAAUGACACCAACCUGCCUGUGAAAGUCAUAGAUUGGAUUGAGGAACCUUUGCAAGCGGGCAUCAGAAUCAUGCCUGACACAGCAGCUGACCGCGACUGCAUUUUGAGUACAGACCGAGAAAACCAGGCACUGCGGUUAUUGCAGUUGACAGAUGUCUACUCCCGGACACCUUUCUCUGGAAUCAGAGGUUUGGUGGUAAUUCUAGUUGCAGAGCUGCUGCCAGCAACCUAUAAGCGGGUGGGAACAUUUACAGCUCUGCAGGAACAAAAGAGCGCAAAGGCCGGGGACCAGGGUCUGUCUUCGUUCUUUGAUGUGCCGGAGCAGGACGUCGUCUUGAUAUGAAUAAGCAGGUGGUCGAUGGGUAACUGUGGUAAUUUCUACAAAUUUGGUCGCUUUGUUUGUGCAUUCACGAGAAAGAGUUUCAGGUUUGGUAUUAUAUACCAUGUUUAUGGGUUCGAGUAUGGCAUUACUCUCGAGAACCUGCCCCUUCAUCCACUUUCAAUCACCUUGGACCCCUUGUAUAUGUGCCAGCACCGCUUGUAUCACAUCCAAUUGGAUGCUGCCAAACAAACUCAACAGACUUGUUUCAGACUCGACUUUUCUUUCAUAUCAUUUACUGCACUAAGACAUGUUAUAAGACCGCUUUAAUGAGGAGCGGGGAGCCUCAGAUUCGUACUACAGCCCUGAUAGUGGAUAUGCAGUAACAUCAUAGAUUGACAUGUCACGACCGACUUAAAGCAGUUGCUUACGUUGGGACUAAUAUUAAUCGCUGCGUUUAGU